CACCAAGGACUGGACAGAGGUCAGUAUCCAUCCACCAUCAUAUGAGGGGACUGUGGUGAGAGCUGUGGAUCAGCUGAAGGAGACACUCAGUAAAGACAUGAAGAAGCUGUUUGAGGCUGAGCUGAAGAGGGUCCAGCAGUAUGCAGUGGAUGUGACUCUUGAUCCUGAUACAGUAAAUCACCAUCUCAUCCUGUCUGAUGAUGGAAAGCAAGUACACUGUGGUGAAGAGGAGAAUGAUCUUCCAGACAACCCAAAGAGAUUUUCUGAAGAGCUUGUUGUUUUAGGAAAGAAGAGUUUCUCUUCAGGCAGAUUUUAUUUUGAAGUUCAGGUUAAAGAAAAGACUGAAUGGGCUUUAGGAGUAGUCAGAGAAUCAGUCAACAGGAAACAAGAAAUCAUACCGAGUCCUGAGAAAGGUUACUGGACUGUAGGAGUAUAUGAAAACAUUUGUGUGGCUCUUGAGGAUCCUGAAGUCCGUCUCCUGCUUCAGUCUUAUCCUGAGAAGGUGGGGGUGUUUGUGGAUUAUGAGGAGGGUCUGGUCUCCUUUUAUGAUGUAGAUCGUGCAGUUCUUGUCUACUCCUUUACUGGCUGCUCCUUCACCGGGAAACUCUACCCAUUCUUCUGUCCCGGGGUCAAUGAUGAUGAUAAUGAUAACUCUGCACCUCUGAUCAUAUGUCCUGUCAAUCAGUCAGUCAAAUCGUUUUCCAUGGGGAAUGUGGAUCAAUCAAAGUUUAAGCCAAGCCAGAGAAGAAGUCCUAUAAACAGAACCCAGCAAAAUGCACCUGAUGAAGACCACAAGAUUCGGUCAGAAGCUGCAGAACAAGCUGAGCUUUAGUUGAUUCCUGCUUUUAAACUGUUCCGAAGUUUAAGAAAAUGAUCCAUUUGACGAUAAGUCCAGUCUGUAUAAAUAGAAACUCACCUCUUCUUUCCUUUUAAUGUUUAAAGGCACAGAUAUUAAAGCAUAUACUGUCCAUGGACAUGAGUACAAAUGUUAGAAUUACAUUAUUUUCAUUCACCUGGUGUGAAAUAUCAAAAACAGGAUGGAGAAACUGUUCUAUUGUUUUAACAAGAACAGCACACUUGUUCACAAUGAAAUGAAUAAAUAUCAG